UUCCUUCUGGUUUCCUUGAGAGUUUUUUCAGCAGUGGAGUGGCGCCUGGACCGUGCCGUCUCCCAGUGCCUCACAGGGUCCUUCCAGACUGGACCCUGCUUCCAUUAAUGAAAGGUAGACUUCCCUCUUGCAUAGUGGAUGUGCUGCAAAUGAGGAGGCAGAUAAUGGGCACCCAAGUUGAAGAUCUCCGCAUGCCCAGUGGGAACAUCACCUCUCGGCCCAUACGGCAGGUACUCUAUGGGCUGCUGUUGGCAGGGAGGAGGGAGUGUCAGAGCAGUGACGGACCUCCAGUGGAAUAUGUGGAAGAGUAUGACAGGGAAGGCAUGAACCUAACCAGCAGCAUGGUAGAAGCAGUGCUGCCAAGUGCUUCGGAACAACUUCAGCUAGACACACUUCACCGGGCUCCACAUUCAGUGCGGUGUGAGGUGAUUUUAGAGACUCUUGGUGUGUCCUCUUCCUCAUUGAGUGGUGUCCCGCCUCAUCUUCGUCUUCCUGUGGCUGUAACCUGCUACUGGCUGAGGCACGCACAUCCCCAACCAGACAAGCCUCUCCUGGAGGCCCUACUACUGGGACUGGUGUAUGGAGAGCUCCGCAGACAAAGGAAAUACGAGAGAGCUAAAAGACCAGAGAGAGAGUUGUUUGAGAGGCUGAGAGGGCAUAUUAAGAAACCUACGGGGAGCCCAGACCUGGUUGUGGCCCAUUCCUACAGCCAGUGGCAGUGCUGCCUGAAGGACAGUGUUCACCUGAACCAACUGCUGUCACUACCUCUACCUGAUCCUCAAUGUGCCUGGCUUUACAAGGGCACUCUAGUGCACCAGCUUGAGGCCAAACUGAGAGGGACAAUGACUCCGGAUUCUCUCCUGGUGGAAAGCCAUUCCUUUGAGCAGUUGUACAGAGCCAUGCUGCGUGUCAUACACAACUCCCAUGCUGCUGGCCUCAACUCUAAGGUGUCUGGGGCAAUCCCUUCUUCCCUGAAAAAGCCACAAGACGACCUGAUGGCCCGUAUGCAGGUUUUAGCACUAGAGGAAGAUGAUUCCGGUGCUGAAGGAGGGGAGAAUCCUAAGCAAGAGGAUGAUGUGGGUUGGACUUUGGUCUCAGUGCGGACCCGCCACAAGACCAAGGAAAGAUUAAACCGAUGUCAAAAUCCAGAAUUCUCUCGAAAGCAGGGACGGAUCAGCUGGGAGUAAAGACCUCUACACAACUGUUUAGUUUUAGAGAUGAUCAGCUCAACUCUUCAACUUAAGAACCUCUUUGGAUUGUUUUUGUAACCUUAAGGACAUUGACACUGUUUAGCAUGUUUCUAAGAUAAAGAUUUUUUAGUCUACUGGUAUCCCCACUUCUAACCAAUCAAAAUGCUUGCACAUUCAGUGUGAGUUUGAAUCCAGUCCUCAAUCGGUUGGUGAUUUUGGUUUCCAUUGACCAUUGUUAAGUCAUUUUGUU